AUGCAGCAGUUUUUUUUACCUACAGCAAAUGUGUACGUUAAAAAUACACCAUUGCGAGCCCUAAUAGAUCAAAGGUCGCAGUCGUCGUUUAUAACAAAAGAAGUUGCAAAUCAAUUGCAACCCAAAAGAAUAAAAAUUGAUACCAUAAUAACUGUAAUCGGUGCAAAAGAAAUAAGCUCUGUAAAAAGUAGUGUGAGCAUAACAAUUACAUCAAAGCAAUGUAAUGAAUUUUCGAUUACCACCACGGCUUAUGUUCUGGAAAACCUGACAAAAAUCCUGCCACAAGAACAAGUAUAUAAAGACAAAUGGGAGCACCUUAAGAACAUAGAGUUAGCCGACCCUGAAUUUGAAAAACCAGCAAAAGUUAAUCUUAUAUUAGGGUCAGAUAUCUUUAUUGAAAUAUUGCUUAGUGGAAUAAUAAAAGGACAAUCAUACCAUCCGAUAGCUCAGCAAACAGUCUUUGGAUGGAUUGUAACGGGUCCUGGCGCAAGAAAAACCCUUAAAAAACGCUUGAUAUGCCAUGUUACACUGAGAGACAUUGAUGCACAAGUCAAACAAUUCUGGGCCGCCGAAGAAAUUCCGAAGAAUGAAAUGGUUAAAGAAGAUGAAGAAUGUGAAGUACUUUAUAAAGCAAAUACUCAACGUAAUAACGAAGGGAGAUAUAUUGCCCGAAUCUCCUUCAGAGAAGGUAACAUUGCUUAA